AAUGGAAAACAAAGCAUUUGUAGCAGUGGCAGGCGUUUGGCAGCGGUGCAGAGAGCAAGGCUCAAGACUUUGAAAAAGACAGCUAUGAAGUCAGAAGACGACAAGCCAUUCUUGCAUGUGACUGGAGGCCUGUUGCUUUGCAUACUAGCGGUGGCUUCAGGAAUUUUUGAUGGCGCUCGCAUAGAUACUGGCUACGAGCAUUAUGCUGAACCAACUGUGCCUGGAAUGCCAGCUUUCCUAGCUAUGCCAGCAAAUUGCUUAAUCAAUUUGGCCUACAUACUUCUGGGUUGGUAUUGGUGGCCACCAGGUGACAAGAGUAGGCAGACCUACUUUCAAGAGAUCUUUGCCCUCAUGGCGCUUUUAUAUGGGCCUACACAAUGGGUCCGGCUGUGGACACAACAUCACUGGGCAGCUGUGCUAGAUCAGUGGUUAACGCUACCAAUUUUUGCUUGGGUCAUUGUUUGGUGCCUUUUUCUUGAAGAUGGGUGGCAACCAUAUGUUUUUCUAGCCAUAGAAGUGACUUCACUGACUAGUUAUGUUUUGGCAUUGCUUCACCCACAAGGUUUUGAGUUGGCAUUGAGUGGACAUAUAAUUGCUGUUUUUUGGAGAGUACUGAAAAUGCAAAGACAUUUUGGCAAUGCCAGUUCCAUCUGGAUUAUAGUUCUGGGGACGAUGUGUUGCUUGGGUUUUGUAAGCCUCAAGGUGUGGGAUCGGGAACUGGCCCAGUGGGCACUCUUCUCUCGGCUCACUGGUCAUUUUUGGUCCAAGAUAUGCGAUGUGUUGCAGUUCCAUUGUGCUUUUCUCUUUCUUACCUUAAUGAGCAGACAUCGACUAUGCUCAGUGAAAUAAUCUAUAAUUUCAAUGAACAAUCUUAAUCAAAGGAGAAACUUAUAACAGUACAAGAACAUAAUGUGGUUUGAAAGAAAAAGUCUGCUCAAAUAUGCCAGUUUCUUCAAAAGGCUACUGAAGAUAGUUGGUGAAUCUACACAGUAUCACUCAGUUCAUUUCCCGUUGAAUAUAAUGCUGUUUUAUAAAACCACAUGGGAGAGAGAA